AAGAAAAUUGAUAGUUAGGAUAUGUACUUCCUGACAGAGGGCGUUGGGAACAAACAAGGAAGUUAUAUCACAUAGCAGGCAUUGUUAUCUCGAUAGCCCACACAGUCGUCAAACAACCGGAUAACGAGGAUAUCUACCGAGCGGUUGGUACGACGGUUGAGCAUCCAUGAUGUGGGAUUCAGCACGUGGGCCGAUAGCUGUAGUAGUUUGUGUCUUCCUCAUUUCGCAGUCGUCAUGUCAUCACCCUGAUCUAAGCGGUGGAAUGACGGGCAACAAUUCCUUCACCUUAUGCUGUACAAAGAUAGGUGGUUGGGGCCUAACGGGUCUGUAUUCAGUCUUUUGGUACAGAAAUGGUACGCUUGUAUUCAAAACACGCAGGCUAUUAGGUACACAGAUAGUUGACAGUUCAUUUCGAAACUCGGUUAAACCACGUCUGUGGUGGAGACGCCACUGUGUGGACGUUUCUAAAGUGGAAGCGGGCAUUUCUAAGUGGAGAUGCAACAACGACAAUGACAAAAGCACUUGGAGUGAAAAAUCAAUUCAACUGUCCGGUUUUACAGCAGGCGUAACGCCUUUUGAACCUUUUACGGAAACCCCUGUUAGAGGAAAUGUUACUCUAAAUGUAUAUCCGGAAAAGAUAUUCGAUGAUACCAACUUUACCCUAAGCUGCACAGUGGAGACGUUGAUGCAAAUAAAUAUUUCCAAUAUGGUGUGGCUUCAAAACCAGACAGAAAUGAUUGUGACCUUCAGCAACAGAAGUCAUAUCAUCUUGGACAAUUCAACCUCUCCUGUUGUCAUAGAGACAACACAGAGUGACAACCAACAUAACUUAACCCUUGAAGCUGACCUUGAUGGCAGGAAUGGUACUGCAUGGACAUGCGCAAUCCCAGUGUUGUCUGCGACAAGUAACACUGUGUUGGUCCAGGUUUUGGAACCAAUAGGGAAUGUCACUUUGAAGGUCUACCCAGAAGAGGUAUAUGACGGUAGCAACUUCACCUUAAUGUGCACUGUUGAGGCGGAGAUACCCACACGUGCUUUUGAUACGAUAUGGCUUCAAAACAACGAAGAAUACAUUGUGACUUUCAGUAAUAGAAGUUAUCAUGUUUCUGACAAUUCGACCUUUAAUGUUAUCCGUGAGUUUAGGCCGAGUGGCAGUCAACACAUUCUGACUCUCGAGGCUCACAGCGGUGAUUUGAAUGCUACAUCAUGGACUUGUGGAAUUGAAAAGAGGCAAUGGCUCAGUAACAAUGUAACAGUUACUGUCUUGGAACAAGUCUCGACAACCUCAGACUCAACCUCGACUCUUAUACCACCGGCCUCAAACAACAGCAGCGGGCGUCAGUCAUCAGAUGAUAACACACAGUUAUACACCAUCCUUGGAACCACCGUCGGUGUAGUCGUCCUUGCUGUCAUUAUCGCUGUCGCCGUCAUCAGAAAUCGAAAGACUGAAGGUGAACUUAAAGAAACAAAGACAUCGAGACAACGCAGUUUGUUUGGUGAUAAAGAUGAAGAUGUAUUGGAAAUGAAAGAUAAUAAUAUAUAUGAGUCCAGCCCAACUGAUAGACACGCAGUCGAUGAUGAUGAAGUGAUGAAGGAGAACACGCUGUACGAGUCCAGCCCGCCUGACAUCAAUCAUGGAGAGGAUGACAAAGUGAUGAAGGAGAACACGCUGUACGAGUCCAGCCCGCCUGACAUCAAUCAUGGAGAGGAUGACAAAGAAACGAAGGAUAACUUUCUGUAUGAGUCAAGCCCGAUUGACAGCGGCUUCGGUAACAGUGUCAUGACAGACAACGUUCUUGACGACUUCAGCGGCGAUGGAGUCAAAAGUAACACAAAGUCGGCUUAAGACUUAUAUAACACGUGAUCUUGGUCAACAUAUAUGGGUCCACAGCUCCUUAAUUUAUAGAUGAAAAUAGUCCAGAGGGCAUCCUGGAGGCGAUAGUUACCCAGAUAGUUAGUCCCAGAGUGUAUUCCUCUCACUCACUCACUCACUCACUCACUUACCCACUCACUCUAUCACUCACUCACCCACCCACUCACUCACUCACUCACUCACUCACUCACUCACUCUGCUCCAAUCCACUCCACUCGCUACCUCGCUACCUCGCUCGCUACCUCACUCGCUACCUCACUCGCUACCUCACUCACUC